AUGAAUAAAUUCUCCUCUGAUAGCAGCAGAACCACUGCUCAAUCGACAAUAAAUAAGCUGUUAGUGAACCUCAUACCCGGAUCUCAGCUCAAUGAUGCAAAAGUGGCCAAAAAGGCAAAGAAAAGCUCCAGUGCUAAAAUUAUCAGUGAUCAGAUAGGUUCCAGAAUGGAAUUUAAAAGAAAUGAAGAGAAAAGGAGGAAGUUUCUGAAGCAAAAUAACCUUAAGAAGAGAAAGAUGAAAAGGAAGAGCAAGGAUUUAGAAGCCCAGCUAGAAAGAAUCGCCAGGCUCUCAAAUAUCAAAGAGCUUCAGCAAAUGUCUGAAGAUUCCAACGAUCCUCUGCUGGAUCAAGUCAUUGAUAAAAAGAUCACCGCAUUGCUAUCUUGGACCACAGACAACUCUGAGUUGGGAACUGAGAUAGAAAAAUUAAAGAAAGACAUUUUGAACACCGAUAAUGAGGAGGUUAGAAGAAGGAAGAGCUACCGUGAUGAGGAAAGAGAAGAGGCAGAAUUUAGAUCAGAGGUUGAGAAGGGCUCCAUCGCCUAUCCAGGUUUGACUCCUGGUUUGGCUCCAGUCGGAUUGAGCGAUGAUGAGGAUGAUGAGGAGGAGGAUGAGUCUGAUGGAUUUGAUAAAGAGGAAGAGGAAGAUCAAUUUUCAGAAUAA